GAAUUCGGACGAGUACUCUCGCCUGCACAAAUUCGAUAAGUGGGACAAGGAGGGAUGCGUCCAGGAUGCACGUCCUGCAGUUUGAGGUGUGCUUUCGUUCCCUCUCCUCGGUGACCAAACGACGAGCUGGAGAGCUGGCGACCGAACGCGACCCGAGGGUGGCUGGCGGCGAUGGACGACCGAGCGGAGACGCAACGAAUCGAGGAGCGGCUCCCGCAGGGAACCGACGAGUGGCUCGCGAGACCUCGGCUGUCGACGACUUCGCGAGGAACGAUCACGCCGGUGGCAAUACUGCAGCCACUGUCCGCGCCGGUCGGCGACGUGGUGAUGUACACCGGGCCGUUGCAGCCGAUGGGGCAGCUCCACGGGACCGGCAGGGAGUUCGGUGGCGGGACACAACCGUUGCCUGCAUGCGUUGUUCGGGAGGCCGGCGAAGGCGCGAUCACACAAGAUGAGCGCAGAGGCGACGUCGGGCCGACGCGAGCAAACAAGACGAGGCGGAUGGAUCGGCGCCUCACUCACUGGCAGUGCAUCUACUGCCGGCGCGAGACGCGGAACGAUGCACGGGCGACGAGGUGCUGGAACUGCGAUGGCGAGAAGGAGCAGCUGCGUGACGCGGACAGUGAGGGGCGCGAGGCGGCGCGCCGCGGGCAACGUGCGAAGGAGUACGCUGGCAGAUCGCUGAACGCGCUCGGCGCUGGCACGUCGCUGGUGCCGCGAGCCGCGCAGGGAGUGUUCGAGCGGGCGCGGUUGGAAGUGCUCGUGCACUGGGAGACGCAGCAGCUCGAGCAGUACACGGGGGCGGCUUCUUACCGAAAGGAGGAAUGCAUGCUCGGGGUGAUGGAGUCGUACUACGUCGUGCAGACGGGCGCUCGGGUGAGCGCUGUACCGUGCGUAUGGGUAAGCGAGAAAAAGAAAGAAAG